AUGCUUAAAUUUAUAGCCAUUACGUAUAGCGGCACAACCCCAUCAACAUAUUCAGCACCUACUGCAAUAGAUAUGAGUGGAUUUGGUUAUAAGUACUCCUACCUUCAACAUGCUUCAAUAUUAGAUGCUCUUUUAUUAUCUUAUUCUGGUCCUAAAUUUUCGGUUUCUAGUUCAACCACCCCUGUUGAUUUGGGUGGUUUUUUUGUAUAUUUAUUAGAUAAUGCUCGUAGUCCAACUGCUGAUGCACUUUGUGGGACUACAUCUUCUUUUGUUGGAUCAUGUACUCAGCAAAAAACUGAUAUAAAUCCUGAUUGGUGCCUUUUGAUAGGAAAUUUCUUUGUAAGCCAAUCUGUUAAUUUUGAAAUCUCAUAUCUAACAUAUGAUGUUCCUUCUACUACCUCCCCUUCUCCUUCUGGUAGUGCAACUUCUUCUCUUAAUUCAACUACUUCUACUAGCAGUCCUUCUUCUACAUCUCCUUCUUCUGCUGGGAUGUCUAAAAUUACUAAAAUUGAUAUCGUUACAUUGAGUGUUUGUGGUAUUCUUGUUUGGUUGAUAAUGAUAUUUUAUAUGUAA